AACAGUUGGCAACAGUGGUCAGUUUCCAUUAAUUGUUGCUGCAAAUUUGGGCAAGGCCACACAGGCAUAUUAUUUGGCUGUGUUUUCUUGCCCCCCCAUCUAAAAAAUAAAUGGCCAACGCAACAGCUGCAAGUGGCAAACUGGAGACACGACGCUUGUGCGCCAUUACAUUCUUUGCAAAACUGCAUCCAGGCGAUGUAUGUGGCAGCAAUGGCCUCCCGCUCACACCGAAUUCGAUAGCGAUUUUGGGGCGUUCCCAGCGUCUCAAGGAGCUGCAACAUGAGAAUUUGUGUCAGUAUUUGGAUGUGGUGCGCGGCAAGCAUGAGCGCACUAUUGUGGUCUCGGAAUAUGUGGGCUGCUCCUUGGAGGAGUAUGUGAAACGUCAUCAGGAUGCACCGCUGAGCCAGACACAAAUCUUGCGCAUCUUUUACCAGGUGGCCAGCGGCAUCAAUGUGCUGCAUGCGCACAAAUUCCUUAUACAGAAUCUGGAGCCGCGUCACAUACUGCUGGAUGGUGCUGGCUGUGAACGUGUCAAGAUCUUUAACUAUGGCAUGCAUCAUAUGACCAAGGCGGGCGCCUAUGUGCCAUUUCCCAUUGGCAACAUACGCUAUAUGGCGCCAGAGCGUUUACUCGGCGCCAACGGCAGCAUUAAGAGCGAUGUUUGGUCCUGGGCCAUGUUGUUGCUGGAGCAACUGCUGCAAACGGAGCUCUGGCCGAGAUUGAAGCUCAGCAACAUUGCCUGGAAGCUGUUGGCCUUUGUGCGGCACACACAGAGCACACAGUUGCUGGAGAAGAUUGCACGUGAACAUCAGCGCUGGGAAUUGUAUCAAAAGUUGCCCCUGGAGCUGCGAGAGCUGCUCGAGCGUUGUCUCAGCGUCUUGCCGGCACAGCGACCAUUGCCUCAGGAGCUGUUGCAGCACAAAUGCUUUGCCAGCAUCUCAGCAGAGUUGAGCCAAGCCACGGGAGUGGAGUUGGACACGUUGCCGCUGCUGUUACGUUGUCCGCUGUCGCAGAUUUAUCAUCUGUGGCAGCUGGCGGGCGGCGAUGUGCAAGCGGAGCUGAAGAAGGAGGGACUGAUUAGGAGUGAGGCGCCUAUAUUGGCGCUGCCACAGAUUGUGCGCUUGAGCGGACAAAGCGUUUGUCCGCCACGUAGUCAAUCCUAUUUGAUGGACGAGCGUGUUGUGCUGCUGAAGCUGCAAGCGUUGUUGCAACGUCUCAGUCGCUUGCCCGCCCACGUUUAUUUUCCGCUGUUGCAUGCGACACGUCAGCAGCAGCAGCAGCAACAACAACAACAGCAGCAACACAUGUUGCAGCUGCAACAGCAACAACUUCCAUUGUUAAUACGAGAACGCGAUAUCGAGUAUCAAUUUCGACGCGUGCGUCUCUUUACACGACUCCUGCAUGGCUAUCCACAUACGGCGGAGUUGUUGCAACGCGAGGCUGCCACUGACAUUCCGCCCCUGCUGCGUGGCGCCAUUUGGGCCGCACUCCUUGGUGUCCUGCCCAAUGCGAGCUAUGCGAAGAUUGACAAGUUCACAGCGACCACAACGGAUCGUCAGAUCGAGGUGGAUAUACCACGGUGUCAUCAGUAUGAUGAACUCCUCUCCUCACCCGACGGACACCGCAAGCUGAAGCGCCUGUUGAAGGCGUGGGUCACCGCCCAUCCUCAGUAUGUCUACUGGCAGGGAUUGGACUCGCUAACUGCCCCAUUUCUCUAUCUCAACUUUAACAAUGAGGAACUUGCAUUUCUGAGUUUGUUUCGAUUUAUACCAAAAUAUCUGCAGUGGUUUUUCCUGAAAGACAACUCGGCUAUCAUUAAGGAAUACCUGAGCAAAUUCUCGCAACUGAGUGCAUUUCAUGAGCCGCUGCUUGCACAGCAUUUAUCGAGCAUCAAUUUUAUACCCGAACUGUUUGCCAUUCCCUGGUUCCUCACCAUGUUCUCCCAUGUAUUUCCCCUGCACAAGAUACUGCAUCUGUGGGAUAAAUUGAUGUUGGGCGAUAGUUCGUAUCCGCUUUUUAUAGGAAUUGCGAUAUUGAAACAGCUGAAGAGCACGCUCCUCAGUUCCGGCUUCAAUGAGUGCAUACUGCUCUUCUCCGAUCUGCCCGAUAUUGUGAUGGAGAACUGUGUGAUUGAAUCGCAAAAGAUGUACGAAUGCACGCCCAAAAGCAUUACACAUCGACAACAUGCAUUGCGCACACAGGCGCCACAUGUUCUGGACAUUGGCCUGACAGAGGUGGAGCUGAAGCAUUUGCAGUCGGAGCAAUGUCCCAGAAUAAGUGCCAAGGAUGUGCAUCAAUUGUUGUUGCAGGCACCCAAUGAAUUGGCAUUAAUCGAUCUGCGCAGCGUUGUGGAAUAUUCACGUGUCCAUGUGCCGCACAGCAUUAAUAUACCCUUUGCCACGGUCCAGCUGGGUGAACAGCGUCUGGAGGCACUCAAUGUUCCCUAUUUGGAUGCACAACUGCGUGGUCGCAUUGUCGUCUGUGUCAGCAAUAUACAUCAGCAUGCCGUCGAGUUCUCUCACUUCUUGGUCGCCUGUGGCGUACUGCGCACCUGCAUUCUACACAAGGGCUUCAAUGUCCUGCAUUCAAUUGAGCCAAAUAUACUCAUCUCGAAUUGAUUGGAGUUAUAUAAUAGUUGUUUUGUUUAAGUUAAUGGAAUCUGAUUCCCAUUCCCCCUACUCGCUUUGCUCGUCUGUGUAGCUUAAGCUCAUCUAUUUAAAGUGUACUUUAUGGCAAGCAAUUUUUAUUGUAUGUAAAUAAGCAUAUUGUAUUGUAUUAUCAAAGUUUUAUAAAUCUGCAUUCUACUCGAAUUCAAAUUCAACA